AUACGGACGUGGUUGACGAAGUUGAUUGCAUCGUACUUCUGCAAUGCAUUGCCAUAUAGCAUAUAUAUGUUAAAGAAUUGAAAUGCACAUGUAAAUGUUUGGUAUGUUUAUGCGUGCGUUUGUGUGUGUGAGCGGCGUAUAAGCACAUAAGGAGACGUCUUUGCCAAUAUUAAAGAGCAUGAAGAGAAAUUCAAGUUUAAGUAGCAGAGAUGCUGAGCAGAAACCUCUAAAUAGAGUUAUCUGGAUGCCGUAACGGAUAGGUAGUUAGGGCAGCAGUAUCUUACGCUUCCUAAUUUUGGACGUGGUAUGCAUCCAGUCGUAACUGCUUAACAAGGCUCUGUUAGCGCAUUUACAGCGCGCUGUUAUAAAAGUUGUUUGUCAACCUGGCCCAUUUUAACGACUACACGCCUCGUCGCGGCCGACCUCGAAGUCUACCAGCAAUGGGAGAAUUUGACUUGAGUUUAAUUAACGAGUUUCGCAGUCGUCCAGCAUUUUAUGAUCGCAAUUGUCCAAAAUUCAAAGAUAAGAUUUACACAGCUCAUCAAUGGCAAGAAAUAUCAAACAAAUUGGGUUUCGAUGUUUCCAUAUUGAAAGACCGCAUGCUACAAUUGCGCAACCGUUACAAUUUGGAGAAACGUCGUUUGGAGCAAUUACGCGAAGAGAAUCCUAAUAAACCGAUAGAAUCGCUUUGGCCUUUAUAUGAGCAUUUACACUUUUUAUCUGAUCAUAUACGGGCUCGUAGAUCUUAUAAAAAAAUGGUGCCACUUCAAUCUCAGCAGCAGCAGCAGCAGCAACAGCAGCAACAGCAAAAACAAGACCUACAACAGCGACAUCAGCAGCUGCGACAUUUGCAGCUGCGUCAGCAAACAGAUGCCAGCUCUUCGGGAUGUAGCGGCAGCUUUGUCCAGCUUGGGCAAACGUAUCCCAAUACCUUGUUGAGUGUCAAAAUGGAAGAAGAUGAUUCGGAUGAUCAGGACUCUGACGCAGACACAGAAAGUAAUGAUAGAGAUGACACCAUUGCCUUUGAACCUUCAACUAUACUCUCCGAAGCUCAACAAAUACAUUCCACCGCGCGCAUCCAGCAAGAGCAAAAUUCCAUUAAUACAAGCUAUCAACCCACCAUUACUAUACGGCGUUUGGAUGCUUUACGUUCCCCUGAUCCGGCCGUAAUCGAAAAACCUAAUAAGAAACGUUCAUAUCAAUGCACGCAACCCGCCUUUUCCGCUGCAGAGUCAUCGCAAAUAACGCAUCAAAAAGAGCCUUGUCUGAGUUCGCGAGAAUUAAGAUAUGCCGCAUUUGGGAAUUUUGUAUCAUCAUCUUUGCAGGAUUUGCCUCAGAAUGCGGCCUUAGAAUUAGUGGAGAAAUUUACUUCAGAAAUUGUUAAAUCACUCUUGGAAAAAUCCGAAGAUUUCAAUGGUUUUCCCAGCGAUUGAAAUAUUUUUAAUUUCAUUUUCAUUUUCGUGAUAAUGAAAAAAUACAACAACAAUACCCUU